AUGCACCACAACCUUAAGCUUGCAAGGUUGUGGAUUGCUUUGCUUGCAGUCUCAACCACCGCAGUUCAUUGCAAAACUGCCUCCCAGGAUGUUUCAGCCCUUAAUGCGAUGUAUAGCAGCUUAAAUUCCCCUUCACAACUCAGUGGCUGGAAAUCAAGCGGAGGUGAUCCUUGUGGCAAUUCCUGGGAACGAAUCAAAUGCUCAGGCUCUUCUGUCACGGAAAUAAAUUUAUCUGACCUUGGACUUACUGGAUCAAUGAGCUACCAGUUGUCUAGCUUAACAUCAGUUACCUAUUUUGAUUUGAGCAACAACAACCUCAAGGGUGAGAUACCGUAUCAACUUCCUCCAAAUGCUCGUUACAUAGAUCUUUCUAAGAAUGGCUUCACUGGAGGCGUACCUUAUUCCAUUUCUCAGAUCAGUGACCUCGACUACCUAAAUAUUGCUCAUAAUCAACUCAAUAACCAGUUGGGUGAUAUGUUUGGGAACCUCGGUAAACUCCAACAGCUGGAUUUAUCAUUUAAUUCGCUAUCAGGGAACCUACCUGAUAGUCUCAAAUCGCUCAGAAACCUCAAGAAGUUGCACCUACAAAACAAUCAAUUCACGGGUUCAGUAAAUGUCCUUGCCAACCUCCCACUUGAAGAUUUGAAUGUUGAAAACAACAAAUUUACUGGUUGGUUCCCUGAGGAGUUAAAGGAUAUAAAGAGAUUGCAUACUGGAGGAAACUCUUGGUCAAGCGGACCAGCACCUCCUCCUCCUCCUGGUACACCCCCUAUCAAGCAUCAUUCCGACGAGAAAAACAAUAAAAAACCUGUUGUCAGGGAAUUAGCCAUAGCAGGCGCAGCUUUUGGCCUACUAGCAAUAAUUAUAGUUGCCGUUGCUCUUUCUAAAAGAAAGUCAUCAUCACCUUCUUCACAUUUUACCGAUGAAGAGAAGCAUAGCCAGCAUAAAUCUUUUGCGACCCUUUCAUCUCAGGAGUUAUCAAAAGAUUCCAACACCAGUGUCAGCAAAGAAUACAAAGGAUUUAAAUCAUUGGAUUCCACUUCAAUUGACAUAAAGGCUUUGCAAAAAACUCCAUCAGUUAGUGUUAGGUCAUCAGUCUCUGAUUGUGUGCAAUCGUUUAACGACAACAAGUUUGCAAAUCGUCUAAAAGUAAGAAGAAGCACAUCAAUCCGUGUUAGUCCUUUUUCAUUUGAAGAGCUGAAGACUGCUACUGCAAAUUUUGCUUCAGGUCGACUUCUUGGUGAAGGAUCCAUUGGACGUGUUUAUCGGGCUAAAUAUGCUGAUGGAAAGGUAUUGGCUGUAAAAAAAAUCGACCCUUCACUUUUCCAUGAUGGUUCUCCUGAGGAAUUCUCUCAGAUUGUUUCAAUUAUCGGCAAAAUUCACCACCAAAAUAUUGUUGAGCUUGUUGGUUAUUGCUCUGAACGGGAGCACUUGCUAGUAUAUGAUUAUUACAGAAAUGGCUCUCUUCAUGACUUUUUACAUUUGUCAGAUGACUUCAGCAAACCUCUAACUUGGAACACACGAAUCAGAAUUGCAUUGGGAACAGCUCGGGCUGUUGAGUACCUACAUGAAAUUUGUUCUCCUUCAUUGUUACACAAGAAUAUCAAGUCCUCCAAUAUUUUGCUUGACACAGAUCUGAAUCCCCGUCUCGCAGACUAUGGUUUGGCAUCAUUCCACCAGCGGACGAGCCAAAAUCUUGGGGCAGGAUAUAAUGCACCAGAAUGCACACAACCAUCUGCGUAUACGCUGAAGAGUGAUGUAUACAGUUUUGGGGUAGUGAUGCUGGAACUUUUGACAGGUCGAAUGCCAUUAGACAGUUCAAAACCAAAAGCAGAACGGUGUCUGGUUCGUUGGGCCACCCCACAGCUUCGGGACAUUAAUGCAGUGGAAAAUAUUGUGGACCCUGCCCUCCGGGGACUUUACCCACCCAAGUCACUGUUCCGAUUUGCUGAUAUCAUCGCCCUCUCUGUCCAGUCUGAGCCCGAAUUUCGGCCAGCUGUGUCAAAGGUAGUUCAGGCCUUGGAGCGAUUGAUUCAAAGUUCCAGUAUGACACUCAGAGAGGAUCUUGGUCGGAUGGAUGAUGAUUAUGAUGAUGAUGAUCCAUCCACUCUUUGA